CGGGAAUCCAUUCGUAAAUUAAAAUCGUGUCUAGUACUUCUUGAUGGUUUUUCUUAUUAAAGCCAAGCGUUGUUUGUGCGCCUCAGUGACAGCAGCACGUUUAUAUGGACGCAGCUCGUCUGUUCCAAAUCCAGAAAAACGUCAAUACGCCAUUUGAUAAAGUUAUAAGCAAUAUUGAAAAUAAAAUGUCAUUGGACGAGACAACAGCUAACAUGCAACUAACUGAAAAUACUGAAGACAACGAUGGUGUUGAUAAUGCUGUCGAUAUGACGUUUACCAAGGAAGUACGCAAAGCUACAAAAGACGUCCAUACUUUGACUGAUGUUUUGGUUAACGCAAAAUUUGCAUUCGCUCUGUCGGACGAUGAAGUUUGGUACGAUGGUCUCUUGGUCUUCUACGAGUUAUAUAAAUUCUUUGAAACACAUUUGCCAGAGCGCCUGCUUCCCAAGGAACUUCAUCGGACCGCUGCCUUUGAGCGUGACUUUGCAUAUUUCUAUGGCUCCGACUGGAAGAAGACUUAUGAGCCGCGUCCGGCUGUCCUAGAAUAUCUCUCAUUGCUAGAGAGUGUCGCCGCCAAAAAUGAAGUGCUCCUCUUCGCCUAUGCCUUUCAAAUGUACAUGGCAUUGAUGUCUGGUGGACAAUUAUUGCAAAAAAAGCGUAUGAUUGCUCGCAAACUGUGGAUCUUUCCCAAAGGCAAUGUCGAGCAGGAGCAAAAACAGGCACAGGCCGAUGCAGCGUUGGCAACUGAUGCUGCAACUGCUGCUAAUAUUGAGCUUGAUGAUAAAGAUUUGAUGGCGCCAAUGCCCGAGCAGGUGACCAUAUGUCCUGUUGGAUGUGAGGCCACAUAUUUUCCCACACGAAUCCCCAAACUCAAGUCGAAGCUGCGGCGCAUAUUCAACGAGCUAUACGGCAAUCUAGACGAACAGACGCGUGCCGAGUACAUUGAGGAAAGUCGCAACGUUUUCCGCCAGAACAUGGAACUAUUGCGCACAGUAAAGGGUGUGAAUAGGGCUAAUCUUAGGAAACUUGCCAUUGCGGUUAUCUUUGUAACCACCAUAUAUGUGGCAUUUAAAUUGGCUGUCAAAUAAGAUGUUAUUUUCAUUAACCUAUAUUUGCAACUAUUAUAUUUGUAGGAUUCCAAUUAGCAUAACUAUAUACGAUUGUUCUCUAGUUUGUAUAUGAAGCAAAGUCAAUAAAUUGCAAGUUAACUUCAUAAUGAAAGUCGCUAUAAUCCAAAAGUUUUAUUUACUUUGAAUAAUAAACCCUUUAAGAAAGAACUAGUCUAAUUGUCUUCUUUUGAUUCAGGAAGGGAUUUAUAGCUGUGCAAUGUUUGCUAAAUCUUUCAUUGUUUCAUAUUCUUUAAAGUUUAAAUUCAUUAUACCCGUUGCCCAUCAUAUAGAUAAUUACUAUUAUUUUUAUUAUUUGAUGGUAAGAGGAAAUCAUAUUUUACAAUUUUAUCGAUCUGAUAAAAGUAACAUUACUAACACUAGACUAAGCGACUCUUUUGGUUCGGGUAAGAUUAUAUGUAUAGUAUCGAUGUUGUUGAUGAAGAAUUUUCUCUUGAGCAUUAGGCUCUCAUUAUUUAUCAUCCGGAAAUGUCGUAUGCUUACAAUAGAUACUCAUAAAUCACAGUGUAUACUGCAUAUUAUCUAAAAGUUUUAAUUAUAUAUUUAUUUAUUUAUUUUUUUCAAUAUUUGACAAUAUAUACCAUAUAAAUAAUA